UAAACACGCGUUUAUUUCUGUCCGAGGGUUAAUAAGCCCCCACACACCACAGAAAAAAAGAGAGAAUCAAUCUCUUAGUAAUUAAGUAAAAUUAAGUGAGCGUCGUUAGAAUAUAACCACAUUCUUGGCUGAUUUUGUCUUACCCGAUAAUUCAGCCUGUUCUCAGAAAAGUUAGGUAAGGUCGUGGGCUUAGCAAUGUCGCUCUCGUUCACAGCCAUCGCCUCUUGUCAAAAGCCACCUUCGAAGAAGCAGAAGCCGGUGAUAGAACCGAGCUCGAGUUUGCCGCUUCCGGAUGAUUUAGUAUUGGAAUGCUUAGCCCGUCUCUCGAGAUUGCACUACCCGAUUCUCUCCUUUGUCUCCACAGGAUUUAGAUCACUCACUGCUUCACCGGAGCUUUACCAGACGCGAUCUCGCUUAAACCGCACCGAGAAGUGUCUUUACGUUUGCUUACAGUUCCCUACCGAAGCUAACCUUCGUUGGUUCACUCUCUGUCGGAAACCAGACAAAACCCUAAUUAACCGUCACAAAUGUGAGAAGAAGGAGACGUCAAGUGGUAAUGUUUUGGCUCCGGUUCAGAUUCUCAACUCCUCUCCCGUAGGAUGGACAAAUCUCGUAGAUGUUGGUCAUAAGCUCUACGCUAUCAACAAAGAAGAUGAUGCCCCCUCAUCUUCUAACGUCUUCUACCUCGACUGUCGAAUGCACAAGUGGGUUGAAACUCCAGCCUUGCGGCUUGUUCACACCAAGCGAAAGUUUGAUGGGAUCAUGUAUUUAGCGGGAAGCUAUGAGAAUCCAGAUUUUUUGAACUGUGUUGAAGUGUUCGACACAGAGAAAGAAACUUGGAAGGCCAUGCCUGACGAUAAGAGAAUAUUCAGAGCCACAGAUUUUGAAGGAAAGGUUUACAAGAACUUUGAUCGAACGUCUGGUCAGAGAGUUUCUUUGGUUGCAAAGGUAAAGGAUCUUACAGUCGACUGGGUAAAUUUUGGUAAUGUUUGUUUGAUAGAGAAAAGAUUCUAUCGUUAUAAACCCGAUGGAGAGUUUGGUUGGUCAAACAAAGGAUCAAAUCUUUGGAGGAAACUAGAGGGUUUGGAAGGACUACCUAGGUUUGCCCAUUAUAGUAAUGUGAAUGUGGUUGAUUUUGGUGGUAUGCUGAUGGUUCUUUGGGAUAAGUAUGUGCGUGCACGUGGUGGGUAUAAGGAGAAGAUGAUUUGGUGUGCUGCGAUUUCGCUGGAAAUACGCAGUAGUGAAGAGGUUUGGGGAAAAGUCGAGUGGUUUGAUGCCGUGCUUAAGGUACCCAAGUCUUACAAAUUCGUGUAUGCUAUUGCUGCUACCAUUUGAUUAAGUACUACUCAUGAUGAGACCAGUUUGAAGUGAAUGUAUCAUGUUGUAUUAUGUUUGUCACUUCUUGAAUGUUGUUUUUAUUUUAGAAGAGUGAAACUUCUUGGA